UAAAUAAAUAAAAAAAAAAAAAAAAAAUAAAUAAAAUAAUCGUAUAAACAAAAAAAGCAAAGUCAUGCUGUCCAUUUUACCAAUUUCAGUUCCACAAGCCCAAGGAGUGGAAGCAGAAAUUCCAAUAUGGGAAAAAAUUGAUUGGACACCUGAAAUUGAGCAGCAAAUUUAUAAGGAUUGGGGAAAAUAUUAUUCACGACGACGCAGAGAGAAUAUUGCUAUGCACUAUUAUGAUAAAGCUUUACAACUUUCUAAUGAUGAUUAUAUGACUCUUUACCAUCGAAGUCAGAGUAAAAGAAAAACAGCUAAAACUCUAGGUGCUCUUGAAGACAGCCUUGAAGCUAAACGAAUUUUAAGAUUGAAGUCUGUGGUGAAUGCUCCAAUUAAUUUGGAAGUUUGCGAUGCAUUAUAUGAGUUAAACCAGUUUGAAAAAGCUAAAGCUGAACUUCAUAAUAACAAACGUGUAUUCACUGGUAACAAGACCAAGGCUUUUGAAGACCGAUUGAUUGUGGUUGAUGAAAAUAUAAAAGAUGCCUGCGGGGAUGGCUUAAGCCCAUUUAUAUUGGAGAAUGAACGCAUGAUGUCCCACGUGAAAGACUUACUUAACGAAAAAUUUAAGGUUGACAAUCGCCCUUUGUGGAAAAUCCUAAAGGAACAAAAUAAAUGCGAUAUAUUAAGCAUUCCUGAAUGCAAAGAGGAACUACUGAGCCCACUAGAAAUAGCAAGACGAAAACGUGCUUUUGAUAUUUGCUACCAAGUAUAUAUUGACAAAUCAUGGAUAGACAUUCUUUUUUUGAAGAACUUAAAAAACAAUCCAAGUUUACUUCUGGACCAGUGCAAAAUGUCCAAAGAUUUUCUGGGUACGAUGGUGGCUAAACAAUACGAAGUCGUCAAGAAGUUUUUGAAAAUUAUACAAGCUCGAUCACCAAUGUAUUACGUGCGGUACAAAAAGUAUUCUAACAAAGAUCGGUUACUUAAGUUCAGAGAGGCUCUUCUCAAUCGAAUACAGUAUCAAACACGACGAAACAUGAUUUCUGUUUUACAAACUAUUACACGUCUUCGGUACCAAAAAAAUUUGACGAGGCUUUCAAAUUAUAUCGAGGAGGUAAUGGGAGAUUACACAGUACUGAAAACAAAUCGAAUUAUGCCAUGGAAGAUAGAGUUUAUUAAUGAUGUCUAUAAUACUUUGGGCUUAGCUUUAUCCGAACAGUAUGUUGUACCUAAAAACUUUCGAAUUGGUGAAAAAAACCCAGUUCUGCAAUUAUUACAUUAUAACCCGCAUAAAGUUAAAGAAAUAAACACAUUUGUUUUCGGAGAUCGAUCCACACAUCAAGAUCAGGAGUCAGUGGACCCCACAAUUAUAAAAUCCAAACGACUGAUAUCUCGCUUGGAGAAACGCAUAGUAUUUUCUAAAUAUUCGAUUGAAAAAGCGUAUUUACUUCAUCAAAUUGCAUGCAUUCAUCUUCAGUCCAAUCACUAUGACGAGUGUUGUUUUGUUGCUCGCAAGGCCUUGCAGGAAGCAGAGCUAUGCAACAGUAAUAUAUGGAGUUUCUUGAGCAUUAUUAUCACUGUGAAGUCCAAUGCAUCUUUAAAUAAAACGGAAGGUAUAAGUGACGCUUUGAAAAGAGCGCUUUUAGUUGCUGAGAAGCUUCAAUCACCACAAAUAAUCGAAUUUGUCGAAACGUGUAUUUCUGGAAAUGAUCGUUUUUCUUGCGUAAGAGGCAUCGAUAGCCGUCGAGAAAGCAAAGCACAUACUCGGAAGUCUCUCAACUGAUAGAAUCUUUUGUACUCCAUCAAAAUUCACAGUGUUUCAAAUUAUUCGUUAAAAUAAAAAAUCCUUGAUAUUCCAGA